CUGUGUGGUUGGAAGUUCUGCUCAUUUAUAGUUUUAUACGAAACUAUAAACAAGACUGGAGCUUAGUAAAAUAUGAAAAUAGCUUUACUUUUACAACAGUCAUAUACAUUGAGGUUUCAGGCUUGUGUUAGUUGAUGCCUGUAGGCAUCCUCUGAAUUUGUUGACAUCUGAAAAAGGUGGGCCAUGGUUUCGGUCCAAGUUUUAAGUGAUUCGUUAAUGGCGAAGUCAGAGGUCUCGUACGGCGUUAGAUAUUCGAAAGUGGAGUGUCCCUGUUGUCACGAAGACUGAUUGGUGACUUAUAUGUGGACCAAUAUUACGAUCUGGUGCCGUGUGAUUGGUAAACUUGUGUCAAUGAAUGGACUACUUGGUUUUCCUGUGGAUCAGUUUUGAACUGGAACACACCGGAAGCCUAAGAUCAAUGCAGUUCACACAACUAGCAGCAGUUAUGUUCUAACUGCCAGAUGGCACCAACAGCUGGCUCUACCGCUGUGUCCAGGCAGUUCCAGCUUGGCUCCGGGCACGCUUAUCGUCUGGAAAGCACCGUGCUCCUGAAUGAGGCCGGGACGCGCGUCGGCAAGGAUGUCGGCUACCUGGUCACCGCCACCCUCAGCGUCGGGGCACUCUGGCAAAGCCCCUUCGACCCAAACGAUAAGCUGCUCCAACUGCAGCUGUCGUCGCUGCAGCUGCACAUCAAGUCUAGGAAAGCGCCAGAACCGGAAGGAUUUGUGGUGCACGCGUCAAAGUUGGAGGCCUUAAAGAACUUACCUUACUUAGUUCACUGGAAUACAGGCAAAAUCGAGCACGUGUUCCUCUCGGAAGGCGAAGACCUGUCCGUGGUGAACCUCAAGAAAGGAGUUGCUAGCCUCUUCCAGUUCCAGAUUCUGGACGUGACUCAAACAGAAAAGGACGCAUCUGGCAAAUGCCAGGUGUCCUACAGGUCACUAGACCCGCGUACAUUCCUUAAGACCAAGACUGACUGCAUCUCAGGGAAGACUGUUCCUUUCAUCCUACACCCUGACAAGGUUAUGGGAACUUUGGUUACGUCGAAGAGAGAAUCAGAGUAUCGGUUGUCGACUGAUAUGUCAGUCAUACAGUCUGUUGUGGCAGAUGAAAUGCAUAGCAUGGUGGUGGAGAUGCGGCACGAUGCAGGGGGUGCCGUCAGAGCAUCACAACAGAUUAUUUUGACAGAUGCUGCGGUUGACGUGCCACAAAUCAAGGCCUCGUCACUAGAAGAAGCUGUUCAAGAAGUAGAGAAAAAUCUAAAGACAACAUUUACGAAACAAAUUCUGGUGACGGAAAGUGAACCGCCAGCCUGUCAGGAAGAUUGUCCGACGCUGUAUAAACUAGUGAAGGAAAAUCGCGACCACCUGAAAGACGAAACUCUCGGAACGUCUCGCUCAGCUGCCAUAUUCAUCAAACUGUUGAAUGUUGCAAGAGGAUCGAGAAUGGAAGAUAUUUACAAAGUGCUGAAGAGCUCAAAGAACAAGGACAUUUUGUUGCAGCUGUGUGAUUUGGUCGGGGCAACACAGACGGUGGCGGCACAUGAGGCUGCGAGGAAAUUCCUCCGUCUAGACUCCGAAUCAGACCUAGAUGUUAAUGAACGGUACUUCUGGGCUCUCUCGAUGGGCUCACACCCAGAACUUCAGGUUAUCAAAGAUGUCCUGAAACUAACAUACAAGGAUUUCCCAGAGAAGUUGUCGGAAACUCUGUUGUUGACUGUUGCAGCUCUAACUAACCGAUUCAUGAAGCUUCCAGGAAAUAGCCAACUGAAGAUAAUUGGAGAAGUAAAGGUGUCGUUGGUGGAUGGGCUUUCUGGAUGUGCUAACGAAGAGUGCAAGCAGAAGUACUUACGUGCCUUAAGAAACCUGGGGCUGAAAGAGACGGUGCCUGUAUUGCUGCGGCACGCCCUGUACGGAACGAAGAAGACGAGUGUUACGGCGAUGAAGGCCUUGCGAUCAAUGCCACCUAGUAGCUGGGACGAUGAGGUGGAGAAAGCAGCCGCGCGGAUAUAUUACCAGAUAGGAAAGAGAUUUGACUCUAGUGCCAGAACUUUGGCUGCAGACAUUUUACUGGAAUCUAAUCCAAGCCGCGAGGUUCUUCGAGAACUACUGUUAUCUCUGGCUUCGAGAGUAGAUCCAGUUCAUGAGGUGCGACAAUAUGUACUGCAGAGGGUUCAUCAGAUGAGUGACAAGGAUCCAAAUUUUGGAGCCCAAGUGAUGUCGAUAAUACGGGAAGAACACAAAAAACUGAACAAUUACAAUGGGAUGGUUCAACGAGGGCUGUCCACUGCUUUCACGCGGUCAUUCCUCUCCAGUCCAAGUGGGAAUGGCAGCUUGGUGACAGUUCAGGAAAUAGCUGGUGGGCUUCUCAAGAGGGGUCGCGUUGAUGUGGUCUUGGACAAACAGGGGUCAUCGCAGGAAAUCUUCACACUGGGGCUGUUUGCUGGAGGUCUGAGUUCAUUCAUAUCAUCUGAUGAGGAACCAUCCGAUUCAGAAGAAGCAGAGGAGCCUGCCACUGCGGGCAUGGAGAUAACAGCGCUGGGAAUUCAAGUGCGGCCAUUUGUGUUCUUCAGCGGACAGGGCGAACUCAUGGGGCAUGUCUGGUCAGGAACUGGAUCGGAGAAAACACCGGCCUUUCAGACACUGGCACUGCUGCAAGACCAUCUGCAAUACCUGCCCCUUCAAUCUGGAUUCAUCGCUGAAUUAAACCUGAUGGGGGUUGUGUCAUUUGAUCUGUCAGGACAGAUUCAGCUCAGCUUAUGGAACAGAAAUGCACAUUCACUUGUUGAGAAAAACGCUGGAAUCACGAUAACAGGGAUAAUGAGGGUUGACUCGUCAUUUGUGAGGAGUCAAGUGGAGUUCAACAUAGCAACAGAGGCCAGACUGAACCUGGUGUCAGAUAUUGAUUUUUACAGCAACGUUGCUCUCUGCCUUCAAUUACGAUCUCCAGAUUCAGUGGUUAAACACAACAUCUACAAGGUGGAGCGGAUCCCUGGCAGUAAACACCGAUUACGAAAGGCAAAGUACAGAGUUUCGAAAGUCCCUGGCAAGACGUAUGCCCUCAACAGGAAGAACAAUGAAAUGUGCAAUGUUAUAUUCAAGGAAUGAGUUGAUGUGAACUGUACAGUGCAUUAAAACUACUAUGUUGAAUUACAGCAUGACAAACAAACUGAUUGUGUCUCGUCAGGCCACAAAGCAGUUGUUGAUGUGUACGAACAGUCUUUGAUGGUGCACUCUCUGAUUCUCCUGCCAAUAAUUUAUCUACGUGUAUUUUUUGUACAUAAUUGAUGCUCAACAAACAUUCCUUGUUUA